AUGGAGAGCCUCGUUGAGAAUGGCGAUGGCCAACUCACCAUCCACAACCUCCCACCUCCCACCAAACGAAAACCUACGAGCACCACGACGGGGCCCUUGACCGCCGAAGACAAGGAAAACCAGAAGCGAGUGGCCGACGCACGCAGAAAAUAUGGCCGGGGCCGUCCUGUGCGGGUCAACGAGGUCAAGGACAAGAAGCUACGGGCGAAUCUGAAGAGGAUCGAGAGCAAAUAUCGGACCGCAGUUUUGAGUGCCAAAGAUGCAGAGAUUCUGUACGAGAACGAGGAAGGGUUUCUGCAACCGGAGACGGAACUCGAGAAAACGUACAAGGUUCGACAAGAUGAGAUCUUGGAUGCUGUGGGCAUCCAGCAGGCGAACAAGUCGAUCGAGUUCAAGCUCGACUUGGGGCCCUACGUCUCCGACUACACGAGGAACGGGCGCAGUUUGCUCCUCGCAGGGAGGAAAGGUCAUAUUGCAACCUGCGAGUGGCGCGCAGGGAAACCGGGCUGUGAGCUACACUUGAACGAGACAGUCAGAGAUGCAAAAUGGUUGCACAACGAUCAGUAUUUUGCCGUGGCACAGAAAAAACACACAUACAUUUACGAUCACGCCGGAGUCGAGAUCCAUUGCCUCAGAAAAUAUGUCGAAACCACACAUCUCGAGUUUUUGCCGUACCAUUUCCUCCUUGCCGGCAUCGAGAAUAGCGGGUUCCUUCGAUACACGGAUACUUCGACGGGUCAGGUCGUGGCUGAGCACCCGACCCGAAAAGGAGCGCCGACCGCCCUUGCUCAAAACCCUUACAAUGCUAUUCUCCACGUCGGUCACCAGAACGGGACGGUGUCACUGUGGUCGCCCAACUCGACGGCGCCAUUGGUCAAAAUGCAAUCCAACGCAGGUCCUGUGCGGUCCAUAGCGAUCGACCGCUCAGGCAACUACAUGCUCUGUGGUGGACAGGAUCUGCGUCUGAAACUCUGGGACAUCCGGGCUUGGAAGGAGAUUCACGCUUACACGACGCGACAGCCAGCUUCUUCGAUCGAUAUAUCAGACCGCGGCCUUGUAUCUGUGGCAAGCGGCACGGCCGUGACGAUCUGGAAAGACCUUCUCACCAGUUCUCCAGUCUCUGGACCUCAAAAAGUUCAGUCCCCCUAUCUCAACUGGGGCAACGAUGGCCGCCGCGUCGAACGCGCCCAGUUCUGUCCCUUUGACGAUAUCCUAGGUAUCUCUCACUCGGACGGUUUCAGCAGCCUCAUCAUCCCCGGUGCAGGUGAACCCAACUACGACGCCCUCGAGGUCAACCCGUACGAGACGCGCAAGCAAAGACAAGAAGCCGAAGUCAAGUCUCUCCUCACGAAACUCCAGCCGGAGACCAUCGCGCUGGACCCAAAUUUUAUUGGUAUGUUGGACACGCGCAGCGCGGAGCAGCGCCGGCGUGAAAAGGAUCUCGACACCCCCGCGGAGGAUCCUCUCGCAAAGUUGAAAGCGAGGGAGAAGAAUCGUGGCAGGGGCAAGAAUAGUGCGCUCAGGAGGCAUUUGAGGAAGAAGGGAGGGAAGAAUAUCAUUGACGAGAAGAGGAUGAGGCUCGAGGAGAUGAAGAAGGAGAGAGCCGAAAGGGAGAAGGAGAGGUUGAAGCAGGACAAACUCGAGUUGGGGCCGGCCUUGUCGAGGUUCGCUAGGAGAGGGUAA